AUGGCUGCCGAUACAGAUCCGCAUGGCUCUGCGCGACUUGGAAAGGCCAUAAUAUCAUUCGCGCUCGACGGCCACUUCCCCGACGAGCAAGCGUCUUCGCUGUCGCUGUCUUCUUCCGACCUGUCACCUGCGAUCGAGGCAUUGGAGAGGGUGAAGGGGGAUUUGGAGUCCGAAGUCCACAAGAUCAACGAGGAAACCAAAGGGGACGUUAGCUCCUGGGUAAAUAACGCGAAGACGCUGCAAGAAGACAUCCUGCGAUCCAAAAGGCUGGCCGACGAUAUUAUCCGACAAUCAGAGGCACCGCUAGUUUCGGGAAAAGCCAUACAGGAUGCCGAAGAACAUGCUCGGUUUCUCGAGAAGGAGGUGAUGUAUACGCAACAGCUCCACGAGGUGCUGCGAGGCAUACAUCAUGUGAAUGAACUUCUGGGCGAGGUUGAGCAGGCAAUGAAAGAGCGGCGGAUCAUUGACUUACUUCGGUGGUUGGAGAAAUCGUGGGCAGAGCUUGACACAGUUCCCAUCAACAAGAAGGCUUGUCGAGUCAUGAGGCUGCUUGAUAUGCGAGCAUUUGAGCUCAAGUCACGCGUUCACGAUGUUUUUGACCACGUAUGGGCGUCACUCGUUCACACAGAUCUAGAAGUUGGGUCUCUUGCUAUCUACAACAGACUAGACGGCGAGCAAAUGACCCUUUCAGAAGCAAUCAUUGGCCUCCAAGCCUAUAAAGAGGUCGAAGAUCGAAUGUCGCGACUUUGGCAUGAUGUCGACAAGGCUAUUGUGUCUCCGAGAAUGGAUGCCAAAGCUUCAUCACUGCCUUCCAUCCGUGCUGAUGAGAAUGUUGUCGAGCUGCAUGGAGAGGCCGGAAGGUCAAUUGAUGAGCUCUUGACAGACCUCCACAAACUGGUCGGUUUCCUGGCCAAGAGAUUGACGCCUGAGCUCCUAAUGUUCUUCAGCCCCAUCAUGAUGAGUGACAUGGUACCAAGGCUCAUUCACGUGUGGUUGGACGCAGCAGUGCCAUCAACGUUGAAAGACCUCAAUCAGUUUCAGGCUGCCAUUCAAUCUGCUCAGGGCUUCUGCGAAGUUCUUGAGGCCAAUGGCUUCACAGGGUUUACGGAACUCAAGGAAUGGGUCGGCAGUGCUCCGUCAAUAUGGCUUGCCAAGUGCAAAGAGACGGCGCUCGACUCUGUAAGAGUCAAGAUGUCAAACGGCCUUGGUGCGCCAAAACAAGUGGAGAAGGUCGAAAAGCAGAUGGUGUCACGUUCCGAAGGCAAGGAGUUGACUGCCAACGGCGUAGCUGGUACUGCAACAGAUGACGACUGGGGUGCUGCAUGGGGGGUCGACGAUGAUGUAGAGCAGCCGGCCGAGGCAACAGACAACGCCCAAACCACUCAGGAGGAGGACGAUGGUGCUGACGCCUGGGGUUGGGACGAUGAAGAUCAGGCCACGGGAGAUAAAGAAGAAUCCACAAAGCCGGAGCCUCAGUCAGCAGACGACGAGGACGACACCGUUGAUGCUUGGGGGUGGGGAGACGAGACGACAGAACCGCAGCUCGAGCCCAAGCCUCAACCGACAAAGACUCUGACUAAGGAGCAUAAAACAGCGCCCGCUGAGCCAGAUGAGAGCAGAGAGAUGGUUCUCAGAGAAAUAUACCAUAUAUCAUCCAUGCCAGAGCCAGUGCUAGAGCUCAUUCUAGCCAUUCUGGAGGAUGGCGCGGCCCUGACACAGCCAGAAUACGAGAGCAGCCCCGUGGCAGCCGCGGCCCCGGGUCUCUUCAGUUUGCCGACGUUCGCGCUGGCCAUGUUCCGAGCAGUAUCGCCACACUACUACUCGCUAGACAUUGGUGGGAAUAUGUUUCUCUACAACGACGCCAUGUAUUUGGCUGAAAAGCUGGCCGACUUGGCGUUAACAUGGAAGGUCCGCGAGGACCUGACGACCCGCGCUCAGAACAUGUUGCGCAUAGAUAACGACAUCAAGAGUCUGCGGAAUUUUGCAACACGUGCGUACACUAACGAACUCGGGAUACAAAAGACGGUCCUUCGAGACCUUCUAGGCGGUGAUCAGAGUCUCAUGCAACAGGAGGAACUGGACAGCUGCGUGGACUCGGCAGUGGCACGGGUCCGAUCUUUGGCUGUGACAUGGGAAUCGAUUCUGGCGCGUUCGGUAUGGUGCCAGGCAGUGGGGUCGCUUGUCGAUGGCAUCUCGUCCAAAAUCAUCAGUGAUGUAAUGGAUGCGUCGUCCAUCGGCCAGGACGAUGCGUACAGGAUUGCGCAGCUCAUUGCAAAGAUCACUGAGCUAGACGACCUCUUCCUCCCGUCGCGAUUGACGGGCCAGGGUCAACAGCACGAGGCAGACGAGAUUCCGACGACGGCGCAGUACGCAACUACAUGGCUCAGGCUCAAGUACCUGAGCGAGGUCCUCCAAUCCAAUCUUAACGAGGUCAGGUACCUUUGGAACGACAGCGAGCUCAGCCUAUACUUUUCGGUUGACGAGGUGGUUGAUCUCAUCGAGGCUAGUUUCGAUGCCAACCCGCGAAUGAGGGAGACCAUCAAGUCGAUUCGGGAGAACCCAAGCCCCCUGCACGACUAA